AUGGCCGACAGCGACGAUGAGCCCAUAACCCUGUCUGCGCACGCCCUCGACGCCCUCCAGGAGUUCUACUCGGACAGGGACGCCCGCGCGAGGCAGUUCGAGGAGCUCAAGGCCGCGGCCGAGGAGCGCGAGGCGGCCGGGCGCGAGAAGGAGGCCGCGCUGGUGUACCCGCUGUCGAUGGCGACGUUUGGCGAGGACUGGAACAAGUCGCAGUUUUGGUACUCGGACGAGACGGCGGACCUCCUUGCCAGGCAGCUCCUGGACGGGGCCACGUCCGAGACCAGCAUCGCCGUCGUGUCGGCGCCGAGCGUAUUUAUUGCGCUGAAGAACAUUCUUCCGGCGCUCACCCUCCUGGAACAUGACUACCGCUUCGGCGUCUUCUCCGAGUUCUUGUUCUACGACUUUAUGCAGCCCGUCAAGCUCCCUGCCAACCUCAAAGGCAGCGUAGACCGCAUCAUCUGUGAUCCGCCCUUCCUCAGCGACGACUGCCAGACAAAGGCCGCCCUGACUGUGCGUUGGAUGGCCAAGCCGGCCGCAGACGUCAGGCUCAUAGUCUCUACGGGAGAGCGGAUGGAGAACCUGGUGACCAAGCUUUACCGGUCAUUUGGUAUCAAGACUACGGACUAUGAGCCUGCGCAUGCUCGAGGGCUGAGCAACGAGUUCUACUGCUACGCUAACUUUGACAGCGAGGUGUGGAAAUGGAGACCUGACAUGGAGGACCGGUAG